GGAGCAGGAGCACACGCUGCGAGCGCGCGGAAUAACAGGAGCACGGGAUAUGCACGGCGGACGGACGCACACCGGAGCCGUGCGUUUGUGGAUGUAACGUUUUAAGUGAGAUCUGGUUUGGUCUCAUCUGCAGAGCUGCACAACACUGACAAGUACCAGAGUCUCGGCUCCAGCGAGUGAACUUGGCUGGUCUUACCCGGUGGGAGGUGUCCGUUCUCCGGGGUGCUCGCGGCUCACACUGCGGCGCGGCUCGUGCCUGCUUUUGGAUACGUUUGCGGAUAACUUUAUUCUUUUUUUGUAAAUAUAUUUUGGGCUUUUGGAAAACCAACUGUGGCUUCUAUGUGACGCACUAUACGGACGUCUGCGCUGCGCUACGGAGCGGACCUCUGCAGAGGAACGAAGGAGGAUUUAAACAAGUUUCAUCUCAGUUUGUGUUCGGCAACAGUGGAGCUAACGCAGAUGUGAAAGAGGCUGCACUUCCCGAGCUGCCCGUGUCUGGGCCGGGCUGGUCCUAGCACCAGGCCCUGAGCGUGGACCACCGCUUCACCACCGACAACACCUGGAUUACACUUUUGGACCUGCUCAGGAUUUUCAUCUCAGCUCCAGUCUUUCUAUGCUGUGGUGGUUGUUCUCGAUGUUGGCAGCAGGAUGGGUGCAGAUUUGACUAUUGCCUCGACAUUGCAGCCUUGGCACCUUUACUCCACUGGGAAUAAUUCAUCCUCUCACGAACUCACCGACAAAACCGGCCCCGUUCUCGUCCCCUGGGGCUCCCCUCUGCCCUGCUCUGAAAGGACUCGGAGAAACUCUAGGAUUUUUUCUUACUGAAGCCGCUCACAAACUGUAAAAGGAUCGCUAUUUCGAGAUUAUAUAUGUUAGUUGCCAUUCCGUUUUUUUACUACUGUCGAUAGUUUUAUUUAUCGUUGGAGUUAUGUCUGAAAGCAGCAAGAAACCUGUGAAACUAAUCCCCCCUUCCCCUACCUCCCCAUCGCCGCCGUCGCAAAACCCGCCCAAGAACGUGAACGGGUCUCCUGGUUCCGACGGGCACCUGGGGGUUACCGAGGUCCAGCGAAGACGCCACACCAUGGAUCGCGACUCGAGGACCGCCGAGCACCGCUUUUUCCGCCGCAGCGUCAUCUGCGAUUCCAACGCCACUGCACUAGACCUGCCGAGUAAAGCCGCGGUCAUCAUCACCUCGCCUCCGGACUGCGGAGGGGCGCCCACCUUCUUCCCGCCGCACGCCCCAGGAACGGGAGGCGGGUUUCGGGACGGCGACGCCAGAGACGCCCACAGACCUCCGUACUUGCCGUCUGGUCUUGCUUCUAAUCUAGAACCGUGCCUUGGCGAAGCUUUGGUGGAGGAAACCAAUCAAAGUUCAGAGCAGGAGUUAGACACGAGUGUUAAAACGCAAGCCGAAUCGCAAAUUAAAAGUGAAAGUAGCGCAGAUGUGGCGGCGCAAGAGCCAGUCCCGACAGCAUUGGAUGUUACAGACGCAGCAAAACAAGCAUGCACACAAGCCGAAGUCGCUACCGGGUCGGAGAAAACCGAAGAAAAAGACGCGAAAGUGGCAGAUCAGGCGGACGAAAGCAGCAGGAGUAGCCCGGCGGAAGAGAAGGAACGGGAAACCGAGGAGGAGAGGGAGCAGGCGAAGGCGAGGGCGGAGCAAAGGGAGGCCGUCAAACGCGUCCAGGACGAUAUCGAAGAAGCGGAGACCAAGGCCGUGGGCACAUCUCCGGACGGGAGGUUCUUGAAAUUCGAUAUCGAGAUCGGGAGAGGGUCCUUUAAGACGGUGUACAAGGGUCUGGACACGGAGACGACGGUGGAGGUGGCCUGGUGCGAGUUACAGGACCGAAAGCUGUCCAAGUCUGAACGCCAGCGCUUCAAAGAGGAGGCGGGCAUGCUGAAGGGCCUACAGCAUCCUAACAUUGUCCGAUUCUACGACUCCUGGGAGGGGCCCUGCAAGGGGAAGAAAUGCAUUGUUCUGGUGACGGAGCUCAUGACGUCUGGAACCCUCAAAACGUACCUGAAGCGUUUCAAAGUGAUGAAAAUCAAAGUGCUUCGCUCGUGGUGCAGACAGAUCCUCAAAGGGCUGCACUUCCUCCACACCAGAGCGCCGCCCAUCAUCCACCGAGACCUCAAGUGCGACAACAUCUUCAUCACGGGCCCCACCGGCUCCGUCAAGAUCGGGGACCUGGGUCUGGCCACGCUCAAGAGGGCUUCCUUCGCCAAGAGUGUCAUAGGGACUCCGGAGUUCAUGGCUCCAGAGAUGUACGAGGAGAAGUACGACGAGUCCGUGGACGUGUACGCGUUUGGGAUGUGCAUGUUGGAGAUGGCCACCUCGGAAUACCCCUACUCCGAAUGUCAGAACGCAGCUCAGAUCUACAAACGUGUCACCAGUGGAGUGAAGCCUGCGAGUUUUGACAAAGUCGCCAUCCCAGAAGUGAAGGAAAUCAUCGAGGGCUGCAUCAGGACGAACAAAGACGAGAGGUAUGCCAUAAAGAUCCUGCUGAACCAUGCAUUCUUCCAGGAGGAAACAGGAGUUAGGGUGGAAUUGGCCGAGGAGGACGAUGGGGAAAUGACCGCGAUUAAACUGUGGCUGAGAAUAGAAGACGCCAAAAAGCUAAAAGGAAAAUACAAAGAUAAUGAAGCGAUCGAGUUUUCGUUUGAUCUCAGUAAAGAUGUCGCAGAAGAUGUGGCCCAAGAAAUGGUUGAGUCUGGCUACGUGGCAGAGGGAGACCAUAAGACGAUGGCCAAAGCGAUCAAAGACCGAGUGUCUCUGAUCCUGAGGAAGAGAGAGCAGAGGCAGCUGGUGAGAGAAGAGCAAGAGAAGAGGAAACUGCAGGGAGAACAACAACCGCCACAGACCCCCGGCCCAGAGACCUCCAAGCCUGCAUACGCCCAGCCUGAGACAGAAGACCCCGAGGUGGAGCAGCAGCAGAUUUAUUAUCAGCAGUCUCUGAUCUCACACACAUCCGAUAUCGUGGCGGACAGCGGACAGGGCUCCUCCGUCUUCUCCGACUCCCCCCUGGCGGGACCCCUGACCAUGUCCUACAACUGCCCCCCCUCUGCCCAACCCCCCUACCCCCCCACCCCGUCCGCCGCCCCGCAGCAGCACCCGGGAUACCCCCAGCCCUCCCAGCCGAUGUCGGCCGUGUUGCGUCGCCGUAGGUGCCGUAGCAUGUCCGUGUGCGUCCCCCCUUCGUCCUACUCCCUCAACCACUCCCCCUCCUCCGCCCUGGCCACGCCCCCUCCUCGGAAGCCCUCCACCCCCCCUCCAGACCUGUCCCGCUCCUCCUCGGCCGUCUCCCCUGCCCCCCCGUCGCGCGUGCCCCCGUCGGCCGAGCGGGGCAGUUUCGCGGGGCGCCUCUCCAAAGCGCUGGAGGAGGUGCUGCCCAUGCACUCGGCCUCGCCUCAGCCCCGGGCCAGGCAGAGGAGAGCCAGCCUGCCCGCCCUCUUCUCCACCCCCCAGCACACUAUGCCUCACCCGUACAGCGGAGGACCAGCAGGAGGCGCUGUGGGGCUGCCUGACCCCCCCGCCAUGUUCUUCCCCCCCAUCCCCGAGCGCCCGGUCUCCUUCUCCCCUCCUCCCACCGGCCCACCCAAAGGAUACAACAACCAGCGCCGCAAGAGCACGUCCAUCCUGGAGGCCCACACCAGGCACUUCCAGCCCACGUACCCCCGCUACGGCAGCAGCCUGCACCCCUUCUCUGGGAUGGAGGGGGUGGAGCCCUCCCUCUACAUGGUCAACCCCAGUUUUGCGGCAGCGGCUCAGAGACUGGGCGUGGGCGAGCCUCUGCACCUGCCAGCGCAGUCUGAGGGUCUGUAUGGGAUGAGAGACAUGAGAGCAGAGCACGAGGAGGCUGUGAGGAGGCUGAGUCUGAACCAGGCGGCGCUACUGGACCACUACGAGGCCCUGGCAUAUGGAGGGUACCCGCUGGGUGCCCACCCGCUCGGGCUGAGCUUCCACCAGCAGAGACAGGCCGCUGCUGCUGCUGCCAGUUUAGGCUACGACCCUGUGCCCCCACAGCCCGGCUUCUUACACGCCCACCUCAUGCAGAGGAUGAGUGCACACAGCCCCAUCCCUCCUCAGAUGUCCUCUAUGGGAGCGACCACAGGGGGCGCUGUGCCCUCCUCCUCUGAGGCCUGUUACCCUCCUGCCUCUGGGCCCCUGGCAGAACCCACCCCCUCCUCCUCCUCUGUCUUUGACUUUCAUGUUGCUGCGGCGGCGGCAGCAGCAGCAGGAGACCCUCUGUUAGCGUCUCGUUUGUACAGAGGCAGACGCAGCUCCAUGGACCUGCCUCUAGAGGGCGACAGCGCAGGCUCCGGGGGCUCAGGGUCGUACAGCCGCCUGCAGCCGGUCACAGAAGAACUGUACUCUUAUAUGAGCCCGGAGCUCCCUCUGCCCCCGGGCAGCCUGCUCCUGCACCACACCGGGGUCACAGUGAAGGACCACAGCCCUGAACCGUCCAGUGACUCUCUCACCUCCUCCGACGCGGGAGAAUUCCAGUCUCCCCCUCCCCAGACGCUUCCUGCGUUUGACCCUUCGUCCGCUCAGUCCAUCCCUCAGUCCUCGGCCUCGUACGACUCCGCUCCUCAGAUGCCCAUAGACCCCCAGGCUCAUCCCCCCUCCAUGCAGAGCUUCCUCCCCCCCACCCCCGCCCCCGAGGCUCGCCCACAGGGUGCCUCCUGCUCUCAGCUGGAGUCCCUGAUGCAGAGCACCUGGGCACGGCACGGAGGCGUGGUGCCCGCUCCGCCUGAUAUGAGCUACCACCAGUCUGUGCUGGCCAUGCAGGCCCAUGCCCCCAUGGUCAUUUCGUCCACUCAGUCGAGUAAUGCAUCGAUUCAAAGCCCCACCCACACACCCCAGACCCAGCUGUGUGAUAUCAGCCCGUUUCCCAGUAUAGAGCAGUUGUAUCUGCUUUACCAGGCUCAGCUCUCUGUAGUCCAGCCUCCCACCUCCGCACUGUCUCCUCUCUCCAUUUCGGUGCCCACUGUGGUCGUGGCACCCUCCCCCCCCUCUCCUCACCUGAACGGGGCUCUUCUUCUCUCUCCUCCCCCCGCUGCUCCUCCUUCUGCCCCCUCUGCUCCUGCCUCUCCUGCCCGUGUGCCCUCUCCUGUGCCCUCUCCUGUGCCCGCCCCCGUGCCCGCUCCUUUGCCCUCUGUGGUGCCAAUCAUCAGUGUAGUGACCGCCCCUCCCGAUAAUCCUCCUGUGGAAACUGUGCCCCAGGUAUUCAAGUACUGUGUGGUUAAAGGAACGGAAAAGUACCAGACUGGAGCUUUAAUGUUAUUAUCUUUGUCUCAGGCUCAGCUUCUGCCCCCUCAUCUCCAGGCGUCCAUGGAAAGUGGUCACUCGGAGGCGUCUGGCCUCAGCGAUGGGAACGAUGGAGGAGGACGUCAUGAAGGUCGUUCCACCAAACGGCAUCAGAGACGUUCUGUGCGCAGCAGGUCCCGACACGAGAAGUUCUCCAAAGCCAAACUCAACGUGCUCAGUAUUUCUAACCGCGGGGACAGAGUGGCCGAGUGUCAGCUGGAGACUCACAACAGGAAGAUGGUCACGUUCAGAUUCGACCUGGACGGAGACAACCCGGAGGAGAUCGCUCAGAUUAUGGUGGAGAGUGAGUUCAUCCUGGAGAGUGAGAGAGACUCGUUCAUUGAGCAGAUCAGAGAAGUGAUCCAAAACGCCGACAAGAAAGACCCAAACUCUCAGAUGACCGGGGACAUGGAGCAGCAGGUUCCAGCGAUAUCUGAACCAUUACAGGACACUCCCCCCAGCGCCAGUACUCAGGUGGUCCACUCUGCCGGGAGGAGGUUCAUCGUGAGUCCGGUCCCUGAGGCCAGACUGAGGGAGUCCGUGUCCAGCCCCUCCUCCUCUGCACCUGCCACACCUGCCGAUACAGUGACCGCUCCUCCUCCUGCUCCGGCUGUGGGCCUGUCCCAGUCGGCCGGAACUGUCAGCCUCCAGCAGGCCUUCACCGAACUCCGACAGACUACUCAACUGGACACUGGCCCCAGCACUGCUCCUGCUUCCAUCCACUCACCCGUCCCUCCUCUCCAGCUCCCUAACUACCGCCGCCGCCGCCACCAGCUCCCCCGCACCUGCCCCAGUGUUCCCCCUGUUACUCAAGAGCUCGAGAUAAUUAUCCCAAACUCUCCGGCUUCUGCUGUACCUGCGAUUUGCCUCAGUCCGCCUUGCACCUCUUCUCCGCCUGUCACUAUACUAAGCCAGCAGAUUCUCCAAGCCGUAACCCAACCAGAAGUCCCAAAUUUACCCCAGAUGCCCUCUCAAAUCUUACCGCAAAUCGCAGCUAUCAGUACAUCCGUAGCACCGAUCCCCGUUACGACUUUACCGCCGGUCCAGCUCACGUCGCCGCCAAUUGUUCAAAGUAUUCCCGCAGUAACGUCUCCUCCGCCUUCCACAAUGCCCAGUGAUGUAGGUUUCGAUACCACCUCCGCAGCUCUUCCCGUGUUACCGCCGACAAUAGCCCCGAGCACCGGUACUGCCCAGGCCCCUCUCCUGGCUACGACGGCGAGCCCGAUCCCCGCCUCUUCGAUCGGGCAAGUGAGCUCCAGCGUCGCCCCGUUAGUCCAGCCCACCCUGAUACACUCCCAGCCGCAAACGGUGGCGCUGCCGGGGCAAACCCACGCGCACUGCGGAGAGUGUGAACCCAGAACCGAGGUCCCGGCGGAUCCGCAAGGAAAACCGGACGACAUCCAAGCGCUCGAGAAGAAGCUGCGCUCGCUCUUCAUGGAUCUGGGAGGAGUCGGGUCUCCUCAGGGGGAUUUGGUCGGGGCCGAUUCGGUUUUCAGUCCGUCUACACCCGGGACGUCCACUCCUCUCGCGCCAGGGUUUAUGUCCACCCUGCCCACCACCAUUCACAGCGGGCAGGUGGCCAGUACCCCCCAGCCCCCGUCCAGUCUGGCUCUGGGGCAGAUGGGGGCGAGUACGCAGAGCCAGGGGGGUCCCGGGACUCCCAUCAGCGCCGCGCCUCCUCCGACUGUAAACCCUGCCUUGCCUUUUGUCCAAUCCACCCCAUCCAAAACUCCAGUGUCCAGGAUGCAGGCCAGCUCUCCUCCCUCAGAACUGCUGCCACCCUUCUCUGGACUCAAUCAGUCCCAGCAGCCUUUGGAGGAUCUUGAUGCUCAGUUGAGAAGAGCCUUGAGCCCGGAGACGGUCCCCAUCAGCGCACACGCACAACUGCCUCCAAACGCUGGGAUGGGACAGCCAAUCGCUUUUAAUUUGGAAGAUGAGUUUCGAGCUUGUCCUUCCCCGUCUCCAGCUCCUGUGCCCGCUGUGCCCACCGGAGAGGUUAGACUGGGACGAUUUAAGGUUUCCCUUGCGUUUGAUGAGCCUGCCGCCCCUCCUCCGGUCUGCGUCGACUCUUCCUCCACCUCCUCCUCCUCUUCGUCCUCCUCAAAUCUCUCCAGUCCUGAGAACACGCUGCACAAGGCCACUCCGUCCCCGCUCAAACCUCCCGUCGUCCAGUCAGGAGACGCCGUGGAUCGACCGCCCCAAAGGAUUCUGGGAGGAGGGUCCGGACAGCCCUCGCCCUUCGCCUCCCCGUGCCCCUCCCCCAAACCCACCACCACCAUCGGCCGCUUCCAGGUCACCACCAGCACAGAAGCGCGCGUUGGCCGUUUUUCAGUCAGUCGUGCCCCAGAUCAGAGCCCCGAAGCUGUGAAGAGCCCCCCUCCUGUGCAGCCCCCCUCCACGCCGGCCACCAACGGCCCCAGCGCCCCGGUCCAGAUCCCCAGUCCAGACUCGCCCCACAAGGCCUCUCUGCCCGGCCUCAACAACUCCUUCAGUAACUCCUUCAAUAACUCUUAUCUGAGCAGCGACAAUGACUCGGAGUUUGAGGACGAAGAUUUCCAAAGAGAAGUCAACCGCCUCCGAGAGAAGCACAUGUUGGAGAUUCAGGCCCUCCACUCCCGACAGAAAGAGGAAAUUGAAGGUCUUUUUGCUCGACUUGGAAAGGUUCCUCCAGCCACAGUCAUGCCUCCUGUAAUACCGCUGUCGGGCAGGAGGAGGCGACCUACGAAAAGUAAAUCCUCAAAAUCCUCACGAACAAGCUCCACACACGGAAGCAAGAGUCCAUUACCACAAGGAAGCACUUUAUCCGCCCAGAGCGCCCCCUCCAUGUUCCCCGGGCAGCUGCCUCUCUUAGCCCCGGGAGCGUUAGCCGAUCCGGGGCUCCAGUCCGUGCUGCAGCCCCUCAAAUCCUCCCCCUCCAGCGACAUCCUGUGCUCCGCCUACACCAGCGACGCCGCCCUCUCUGUGCCCAGCCUGUGCGCCCCCACGCCAGGCUGUGUAAAGUUCCACUGGGGUUCGGAGCGCGUUGCCUUCAAACCAGGCGGUCGCCGGACCCGUUUUCUCAGUACGCCCUGCUUGGCUCUUUGGAAGAUGGUGAAAAAAGUCUGCCCCUGCAACCAGCUCUGUAGGACCAACAGCACAAAUGCGGUGGGGGGUUCGGUGGUCUCGAGUCAAGGCGGAUCUCAGAAUCUGGGUCCAAACUCCGCCCCCCAUCAGAGGAAAGGAACCUUCACUGACGACCUGCACAAACUCGUGGACAACUGGGCUCGCGACGCCAUGAAUCUGACACAGGGUAAAAAGAGUGCCAAACAGCUGCAGCAGACUCUACCACCGGGACACAGCUACGAGCUCAUCCAGUCAGCCAGUCUGGCCAGGAAGUUCUCCGCUCCGGGUCACCUGUGUCCCAGCAGCAUCGGAGGCUCAGUCCAGCUCCCCAACGCCGCCACCGCUACCUCUCUGUCCGCCCGCAAAGGCUCCCUCUCCUCCCACCCGCCCGCCUCCCCCACGCCGCCGCUCGCCCAACCCCAGCCCCCGCAGUUCAUCCACUACAACCCCUCGGCGGCCUACAGCGCGCAGUGGAGCGGACCCAGCCACGUCAUGUCCGUACCGCACCCGGCGCCCAAUCCCGGUGGACUUCUGGUCAGCACGUCGCAGCCUCUCGGCCCGUACCCGGCGACGCAGAACCAGCUCCCGGGACAGGCCUCUCUGCAAGCUUUUCACAUAAACAACGCUCUACACAAGUCUGUUAGCAAUCCCGGAGGACCUAACCUAAGGACCACAUAGAACAAAAGGGGGAGCCUGCUUAAAAACGGCUGACGUCUGAAGACUUAAGUGUGGAGAGUGGAGAGGAGCAAGACGGAAGCUGCCGGAGAAAUACUGGAUCACUGAAUGAGACCUUUUCUUGAGAUUGGAGAUUGGGGAAAAAAAAAAAAAGAAGCAAAACUACCAACUAAUAUCAUGUAAAUUACUCUUGUACGAUUAAACAAAAAGGGCUUGGCCAGGUCAAACUUGUGUUAAUUUCGAUAAAACUGGUCUCGGUUGAUACUUUGCAGUGUUUUUAUUGGCGAAAUGUUCAGCGGUCGCCAUGGUGACGCGAUGCACAGACAGAAAAAAAGUUUUAAGAUCGCCCGAAAACUCAAGAAACGGCACAUUUUCAGGAGCCUCUGAUCGAUAUGAAUGUUCAUGAGCCUGUUUACGAGUUUCAUUUUCGAUUAAAAAAGUAAGAGUGACUCAGGUCCCGUCCACACUAGUUCGUAUUCGAGUCGUUUUCAUUGCGGAUGCAGUGUUCGUCCAAACUAAUCCGAUUGAAAACGGCUCCAGAGACGGAACGAUCUGUGUGGACGCCUGAAAACGCUGAUACGCUGAUGCAGGUCUGUGCGCCGCAAAGUUAUUCACUGCCAAAACGUUAAGAGGCUAGAAUAUAUGUCCAUUCAUAUAUACGGUCUGUGCGUACGAUCUGCGGACGUAUAAUGUCUGAAAAGUUUAACGUGAACCAUCUCCAACGCGACAGAAGCACAGAACAGACUCACCAUCAGCAGAACAUCCCUCUGUCACAGAAAGAACACUCAUAUUCCACUGAGUCGUGUCCUUUAGUCCGACAGAAGCUGAGCCGCAUCAGCGCACAAGGAGCGAGCUGUUUUUUUUGAGCACUCACUUUAUGCAAAUUAGCCAUGUGGAUUUAAUUUUAGUUUCUGUAAAACGUAAACAAAUAUGCUCAAGGUGUGUAGAUAGUGAAGGCUUGUGGACACCGAAACGACGUGUCUGGACGUUUCCGAUACGGUGACGAAAUCAGCUGCAAAGUAUCAAUCAGAAAGUAGGUAUAGAGAUCGGGAUUCAACAAAAAUACUGAUUGGAUAAUUGGUAAAUAAACCAAUUGAGAUUUAAAGAUGUAAAUGACUUAUUUUUUGCGCUUAUUUAAAUGUACUUUUGGUUUUCAGAUUGUAAAAUGUGACAUCAUACUCAGUUUUUCCUAUUGAUUACGCUGAAAUAUCCAAAACGUAAACCCACAAAUGUUGAAUCUGAACAUUUCUGUUGCUUUCUAGACCCAAAAUCUGACUGUAUUCCAACAAAAAAUCUGUAUUCUAACAAUAUUAAAUCUGUUUUAAAUAGUAUUGACCUGUAGAAAUUCUGGGGCGUCAUCUGAAACCCGGUAAUUCUCUCACGAAACUUUUUAUGUUUCUAUGUAAUUUGUGUUUAAUCCCGAUCUCCAUACACCAUAACACCCAGGUAGAUUGAAUUAAUACAAAAAUAUCUUAACAUUACUUAAAUUGGGGCCUGGUUGGUUCUGCAAGUCCGUUUAUUUGGGUAUUUUUCAUUUUGGUAACUAAACUGGUGAACUGUAAUUUUAUAUCUUGAGAAAAAAUGGUUGGUGUAUUUGAAAUUUUAGAACAAAAACAACAUAAUACAGUAGUUUAUCGGUUGAUGCAGACUUAAAGAAAGAUCGGUCAAGAUUUGUCGCACCAAAAACGUGUGCUUUUUGGACAUAUCUGGCAACGCAAUCGAACAAACGAAGCGAUAUCAGUGAAAACUACGUGCUUAGGUCGACGAUUACCUGUAGUAAAAGCGUUUAGAAGCUAUCCGUAGACCACAGAAAAAUGCGGAUCGUCGUCAUAGCGAUUAACAAUGUCCGAGGAUUAGAAAAACAUAUAUACAGUCUUCUCUUCCGCCUCUCCUCUCCUCUCGCUCUCUCCAUCAUCUGAAGCAAUAAGAGCAAAACCCUUUUAGAGUCCCGUGUGAACAAGUGGCCUUUGUUAUAUUAAAAAAGAGAAAAAAAAACGUUAGGAUUUCGUCUCUAUUUCUUUUAUGAUUCCAUUUCCGUUGCGUGUUUAAGUUGCUUGCUGCCCUGAACUCCACACGUAAAGCACAGACAUUGUAAAUAGACAUUGUGAGCAGCAAAUGAUGCGUUUUUGUUCGAGUCAUUGUUAACACUUUAUAACAACGAAACACAUUUUAAUCAGCCUAAACAAAGCACGAGCAAAGACUUUAGUAAUUCAUAAUGAACAUACAGUUUAUUACGAAUGAUUCAGGCUCAGUAAUUACUUAAAGGUGCACUGUGUAAUUUUCAUCCUCCUCGUCUCCAUGGAGAAGUUGCCGAAAAGUUACACAGUGUGGCAAAAAACACUUAAAAAAAAAAAAAGUAUAUUUUGUUUUCGUUCAUUGAAUCACAUAAAGACUUAAUUCAUAACGAACAAGUUGUUUAUUAAGAAUGAUUCAGGCUUAGUAAGUGCUUAAAGGUGCACUGUGUAACUUUCCUAUUCCUUGUCUCCAUGGAGAUGUUAUUGGAAUGUUCCACAGUAUGGCAUUAACCUUAUAUAAAACGUCUAUUUUGUUUUCGUUUAUUGAAUUACAGAAAGACUUAAUUCACCAUGAACAAGUUGUUUAUUAAGAAUGAUUCAGGCUUAGUAACUACUUAAAGGUGCACUGUGUAACAUUCUUCCUCCUUGUCUCCAUGGAGAGGUUACUGGAAUGUUCCACAGCAUGGCAUUAAACUUAUAAAAACAAAAACAAAACAUUUUGAAUUUCAGAAAGACUUAAUUCAUAAUGAACAAGCAAUUUAUUAAGAAGGAUUCAGGCUUAGUAAUUACUUAAAGAUGCACUGUGUAACUUUCCCAUCUGCCCGUCUCCGUGGAGAUGUUACCGGAAUAUUCCACAGUACGGCGUUAAACUUAUAUGUCUUGCGUUUAUUGAUUUACAGCUGUUUUCAUGACUCAAACGUGCACUCUUACCACAGCUGUUACUAUGGCGUCGCCUGCUUGUCGCCGUGGAGAUAAACUUUUACCGGAAUGUUCCGCAGUAUGGCAUUAAACUUCAUUAAACUCAUCUUGCAUGUAUCGAAUUAGACGCGUUCUUACCACGAGCAGGGGUUAGCUCUCGUCAGAUCGGACCUGUAACUGUGGCGUCACCUGCUUGUCGCCGUGGAUACGCAUUUAAUGUCAUACUGUGGAACAUUCCAGGCAAAGCAAUAGCAUUUCCAUAUAGACAAGCAGAUGUAGUUUUUAAUUAAUUUUCUAACUUCUGCCCCUUUAAGUAGUUACUAAGCCUUAAUCAUUCUCAAUAAACUUUUUGUUCAUGAUGAUUUAAGCCUUUGUUCAUGCUUUACUAAAGGUGCAUUGCGUAACUUUUCCGGUGGAGGGUCCAUCAAACGCUUUACUCCAUGGAGGUGUUAUCGCUUUGUCUGGAAUGUUUCACAGUAUGAUAGUCAAGCUUUCUAUCGUCACGGAGACCAAACUAGACCAAGUUACAGGUCAGAUCUGCGGAGAGGGGCCUGUUUUUCCUCUGUAUUUUCGAGCGAUAAAACCCCUUGGAAUUCGAUAAAUGUAACGUAGAUCUGUUUAAUGUCACACUGCGGAACAUUCCGGGCAGAGCAAUGACGUAUCCGUAGAAACAGGCAGACCCGGAAAGUUCCGCAGUGCACCUUUAAGGCUAAUUAAAAUGUGGCGGUUAUAAAGUGUUACAGAGUCUUUUUUUUCUUUUUUUUUUUUGGGCUGGUUUCAACAUUGUACAUUGUUAUUUUCGAUGUGAAUGAAUAUAAUUGUAUUUAAAAAGAAACAAAAACGGCUGUGUUCUGUGGACGGACCUGUUUUAGUCACAUCGAGCUCGGUCGGUGUGUUGAUUCACUGUGAUUUUGUGCUUUGUUUUAUGAGCAGAUGUUUCGGGAUAAUAAUUUUGGGAGUUUUUGGGGUGGAUUCUUUCAUUGAAAACAAACUACGGAAACGUUUUGGGGUCGUUUCGCUUUCGGUUCAGUCGGCAAAAUGUGAAAUCUGAUUUGUUUUUAACUAUAUUGGCUGUGCUCACAAAGUCAUAGGAUUGGGGUUUUGGAAUUAAGUUAUAAGAAAAUCCAGAAAAUGUUGAUUGUUUUUCGUUUUAGAUCACAAUUUGGCCUUAUUAAUCUUGUGUCUAGAGUAAAUAGAGUAAAAAUAUACUUUAAUUUGUGUUAAAAAUACACAAGACAUUGAAUUUAAAGGUGCAUUUUAUAACUUUUCUGGUGGAGCGUCAAGUGCGUUUGUCCAUGGAGAUGUUGUUGCUUUGUCUGGAAUGUUUCACAGUGUGGUGUUAAACCUUUCUGUCAUCGUGGAGACCAAAUCCUGGCCAAGUUACGGGUCAGAUCUGUGGAGAGGCGAGCCCACUCACAGCCAGAACGCCUGUUUUUCUAGCCAUUUUUGAGCUAUAAAACCACCUGUAAUUGAGUAAAUUUUAUGUCACACUGCGGAACAUUACAAGCAGAGCAAUGGCGUAUCCAUAGAAACGAGCAGGUGACGGACCCGCGACCGAAAAGCUGCGUAGUGUAACUUUUAAUGACAGCAAUUACACGGAUAUUAACCGUAAAACUGAAAAAAAAAGCAAGAAUUAAAACGCAAAUUCCACCUUAGAAAUCUUUACCUGUCCUUAAAGCUGCACUGUGUAACUUUCGGUGGAGGGUCCGUCACCUGUUUCUAUACCUGGAAUGUUCUAGUACGCUUAUUUAUCUCUACGGAGACAGCAGGUGGCACCAUAGUUAUAGUUACAUGUCAGAUCUGUGGAGAGGCGAGCCCACUCACCGUCCAGAACGUCUGUUUUUCUAGGUAUUUUUGAGCUGUAAAACCACUUCAGUAAAUGUAAAGUAGAUUUGGUUCAUGUCACACUGCGGAACAUUCUAAGCAGAGCAAUGACGUGUCCAUAGAAACAAGCAGGUGACGCCAUAGCUACAUCGUCUCAUGUCAGAUCUGUGGAGAGGCGAGCCCACUCACAGUCAGAACGCCUGUUUUUCUAGGUAUUUUUGAGCUCUAAAACCAUCUGUAACUGAAUAAAUUUAAUGUCACACUGCGGAACAUUCUAAGCAGAGCAAAGGCGUAUCCAUAGAAACGAGCAGGUGACGGACCCGCGACCAAAAAGCUGCAUAGUGCAACUUUUAAUGACAGUAAUUACAUGGAUGUUAACCAUAAAACAGAUCUAAAAAAUUGCAAUAUUAAGAUGCAAAUUCUACUAAAGAAUUCUUACCUGUCCUUAAAGCUCCACUGUGUAACUUUUGGUGGAGGGUCCGUCACCUGCUUCUUCUGACUGGAAUGUUCUAUUACGCUUAUUUAUCUCUAUGGAGACAGCAGGAAGCGCCAUAGCUGCAUAGUCUCAUGUCAGAUCUGCGGAGAGGCGAGCCCACUCACAGUAAGAAUACACGUUUUUAGGUAAAAAUAAAAACAGUUUUUAUUGGGUUAAUGCAAGACGGACGCGUUUAAUGCCACUCCGGGACAUUCCAGACGAAGCAACAACAUCUCCACGGAGACGAGCAGACCAGAAAAGCUACACAGUGUGCCUUUAAGCUUAAUUUUAAACCGUUUUUGUUGCUUUACACGAACACAGCCCAUAUAUAAAUCCAUAUUCAAAUUGAAACUACAUCAUUAAAUUUCUUUAAAACCAGAACCGAACCCACUGGAUCUGACCGAAAGCUGAAGUGGACCUCGAAACGGCGUGAAUGACAAAAACAAUUUAAGAUAUUAAAGUAAUGCUAGCUAUAUUUCCUUAUAACAGUACUUAUACACAGACACUUUAAACCCUCCUUUGCCUCUGUCCCUGGUUAUUUUAGAUCAAUGUGAAUGUAUAAACCAUUGUCCAUUGUAUUGUACUUGAAGAGUUAUUUUUGCUUUUUUGUUUUUGUUUUUGUGUGUUUUUUUGUUUUGUUUAUUUUUCGUAGAUCCUCGGUGUUCGCUGGGGUAUAUAGUGCCUUGCUUCUUACCUGGUUUAAGGGCCUUUAUUUACGAUUGCGGAAACGGGUUGAGUCGCUGAAAGUUUAUGGUUAGCUUUAAAUCAACUUUAAUUUUGGAAAAGGCAAAAAUAUAUAUAUAUAUAUGAGCCCCAUACCAAAAAAUUUUAACAAUUUCAAAUCACUCAGCUGCACAGUUUUGAGAAUAUAAGACCAAGCUGCCAAUGUAAAAAAAAACAUUCAACGUUGAUUUUUUUGUACGUCAUCUUUUCCAUUUAACUAUAACGUUGACUCAAAGUUAAGUUAAAGCCCUAAUUUUUUAAGCAUCGACGUCAAUAUCGGCUGAAAUGUUACGCAGUGGGGCUUUAAUCUGCUUGAAAUCCCUUCACUCGGUUGACGUAAAUGGUUUAAAUGGAAAAAAACAUACAAACGUACAAAAGUCGCCCAUGUACCUUCCGUCGAAAACGCCAAAGGAAAUCGAUUUUUUUGUAUAUUCGGGGUUUUAUCUUGAGAUGAGGAAUUCUGUUAAAUAGUUUUAUGAAGAGUUUUGAGUUUUGCGAUUGUAAUUGAAGCUUGGACCACUCUAUACUAAAUACAAAUGUACUACAAAUGUACUACAAAAGGACAUUGGAAUAGUGUGCAGUACAUUUAGAGUCUGCAUGAGAAGCAAUAUCUGAAUCCAAGUUACAAAGUGUUUUAUAUGUCAAUAAAUGAUCAAAAAGUAUCAUUUUAAAAGAUAUACAGUCUAUAGUUUAAUCCAAUUCGGAGUUUUUUUUAUCUUUCUCAAAUUAAAAUCCUGUUAUAAGUGCCAUAUUUAAUUUAUUUUGCUUAAAGGUCCCAUAUUAAGCCGUUAUAAUGUUAGUUUUAAUGGAGUUUUGUUUUGUUUUGUUUCAUUCACACACAUGUUUAACACACAAACCCUGCGUAUUUAGACUUUAGAGUUCUUCUCUCAAACUGAAAACACUCCGUUCCACCUUGUGAUGUCAUUUGUUAAACAUAAACACAAGCUCCACUGUGUUUUUAAACUCCAUACACGUUCAGGAGAAUCAUUUGGAUGAUUUCUGCUCUGGAAUUGCCGAUCUCUACUGAACAAAAGAUAAAAGGUAACUCGAAAACUACCGCUUCAUGACAUCACGAGGUGGAGCAGAACGUUUUGAGCUUUGGAGGUGUAGACUAGAGGUCAGCGCACGAACUUCUCCUGUGCCCGCAAAGAAUUGUAAUUUUCAUUCCCGCUCCUGCCCACAUCUGCGAAUAUUUUGUCCCGCUCCCGACUGCAAAUCCUAGCCUGAUUCAUCAGCCGGUUUCACUUCACAGAAACCGUCUGACCUCGCAGCAUUAGAAUUUGUUUGCUCGACAAUAGGCGGGUACUUUUUUUAUUUAACCAAUCGCUGCUGUUUAGUCGUAACGUAUAUAAUGCGCCGCUAACGGGACUAAUUGGUAGAUUAAGUUUUUCCCAAAUCCCGUAGGAAGAAGGGCAAUAACGUCUUUCCCCUUGAUAAAAUUCACCAAACAUUCUCUUUGUUCCGGUUUUAAAUCCUCGAUCUCGGGAAUCGUUGCCAACACAGAAUGUAUCGCUCUUCGCCGAUUAACAGGUACGCGAACUCGCACUUCCGGGGUUUUCGUGAACCGAUUCUUGACCUAGUCGCUGGAGAGAAAUAAAACUGAGCAGAGGCACUAGGUCGCGCCAGCCUGGCUGGCUACGCAAUUCCUGCAAGAUGUGGACGUUCGCUUUCUUAAGAUCUGUCCAACACGAAGAAGCGGAAAGGAAUUGUCUAAAAUGUGCUUGAGAUUAGACCACGUCCGCUUAAAAUGUUUUUAUUAAUGCCAAAUAAAAUAUCCAGCACAAAUGAUGUAUAAUAGACUCACAUUAAUCAUUUGUACAUUUUAUUUUACACUCAUAUUUAGUUUGCGUGACUGCGGUUUAUCAUCCCACCCGCCCGCUCCCGCAAUGAGCUUUCAAAAUGUGUCCCGUCAAAAUGUGUUUUGCGUCGGAUUUCGCGAGUGCAGGGCUCUAAUGUAAUGUAGGCAGAAAUAAUCCAGAGUUACUCAAACACGCGUGAAUGAAACAAAACACAACUCCAGGUCUGUUUUUGAGGAUUUAACAACAUUAUAACACGACCUAAAGCUCACAAGAGUCAAGUUUGUGUAAUAUUGGACUUUUAAGGCAUUUUACUGCAAUCGUUCCAAUAAUAAACCCUGGAAUUACCUCAGUCCCUCGGUCCAGAUCGAUCUCAAAACAGCAGAUUUCUUGGUCGUAUUUGAAGCAGCGCCGUCCCUUUAAGAAAAUACAUUGAAAUGCCUUGUUCAGACAGUUACUUACGGAUGAACGAAAUUACUUUGGGUUGUGUGGUUAUGUUUCGGGUUGUAAUUUUGAUAACGGAAAUCCAACAGUUGUGAAUUCUCAUGUGUAAAUCUAGUCAUAUCUGGUACUUGUACAUUCUGUUGGGAGGGGCCUUCAUUUACAUAAGUAUUAAGUUGUAGAUUUGUUUAAAAAUAUUUUUGCUUAUUUUAUUUUAUUUUUUUUUUCUCUUGUUUUCUCAUAAAAAUGCAAUGUUUUACUACUUACUAGGUUUUGGUUGAAGCUGUGAAUAGUCGUUUUGAGCCACUUCGCUUCAGUUCUGUCGUUCAUACGCUUUUAUUUUGUAGGAGCCAGUUUUGCAAUAGUCCAAGACCUGGAUGAUUCGCACGGCAGGUUUGAACUGCGUUAAGUUAAAUGAUAAAACUGUUCUUGUUAUUUAAAGUGAAAUGUUGCACUUUCACUUUUGGAUAACGUUGGGUUGAGUCUGUGGCCUCUUGCGGCACUACACAAUUUAAUAAAAACAUACAAAAUAAAGUGACUGCAUUGGGUAUUGCAAUAUUUCUGGAAAAUUAUGAUUUCUAAAGAUAAAGCACAUGUUUAGUUGUAUAAAAAUUGUAUAUUGAGCCACACUAUAGUCGAUUUCAGAUUCGAGAAUGUUUUAAUGACAUGACAGGUUUUCCCUUUUGAUUUAAUUUUAACUUUGCAUUGAAACAUCCAAAAGGUAAAUUCAUAAAUGUUGAACCUUAUAACCGUAUUUUUUGGACUAUAAGACACUCCGGAGUAUAAGUCACAGCAGCCAAAAAAAUGUGUAAUGAAGAAGAAAAAACAUAUAUAAGUCUUACUUUUUGGGGGAAAUUAAUUUGAUAAAAUCAGAGACCAGGAACCGACAUUUCAUCUUGAAAGGCAAAUUAUAGUAAAAACAAUAGAACAGAGAACAACAGACUGUUAACGUCACAUAUGAACAGUUCUUCAGAUAAACUAUAACAUAAACAACAGAACAGAACAAGUAAACAAACUCUCCAUCUCAGUCCAGAUCACUAAAAUUCUUCAUCCUCGGUGUCACUUCUGAGAAAGUUUGCGACCUCUGGAGGUAAACAGACGCCGCUUCCUCGUCUGUGUCGCUGUCGUCAGACUCAGCAUCAGUUCCAGUUAGAAUUAUUCCGGUCCUUCUGAAUCCCGACAGGAUGGUUUCAGUGUCACUGAAGUCCAGGCUUUGUCCAUCCAUCCAGUAACUUCCAGGAAAGUUUCAUGCUGCAUCCUCCUGGUGUCACAAGUUUCUCACUCACUCCAAACUUUCUUUCUGCUGCUUGAUUAUCGUUUUCGACUGAAUAUUUCGUUACAUGCAGCUUGUAAUCUGCAAAAUAUGAUUUUCUCUUUGGGGGCAUUUGAGUUCAGUCUUCUCAGUCGUCUUUAUAAGUAACAGUGCGUUCGAUUGGCAUGAUACAGACAGGACAGAGGCUCUUUCUGCAGGAGACAUGCGCAGUAGAGCCAAGUGACAGUGUUAAAGGAGGAACAGGAGCAGCAGAUACUGACACACAAGACUAGAACCUCUCACGGCUUCAGUGUGAAAUUUUUAAUAUAUAAGUCACACCAGAGUAUAGUUGCAGGACCAUCUAAACAUGAAAAAAGUGCCACUUAUAGUCCGAAAAAUACGGUAUUUUUGCUAGUGAGUAUUCCCAAGAACUCACUGUAUUCCACACAAAUCUGAAGUUUAACAAUAUAAAUUUUAGCUGUACCCAUCUGUAGCAAAUAUUAUAGGUCCAUAACCCAACAAGAGUCUUCAACAGGGGUUUUCCAGACAACCAUAGUCAGUCAAAAUAUUAAAGAUGUCAGAUUAUCAAGUCAUAGUCAUAGAAAUACAGUGUAAAUUUUGAUUCAUAUAAGAGUUAUUGCAAUAUGGACAAUGUGUCACUUGUUAUUACAAAAAUUUCACAUAAUAUCACGCAGUUCAGAAUCAAUGUUCCUGCCGUGGGAUGAUCCAGUGUCUUUAGGGUUUUUUGUUUUGUUUUUCCAGCUCAGUUUUUGCCAGAUUUCAUUUAAAAUUCUGAAUUAAUCUGAUUUGCAGUUUGGUUUCUUCUAACUUGUGUCAUUUCUGUGAUCUGUUUGGAGUUGUCAGUGGCCGGGUUCUUCUGUGUGAGUGAGUUUUAGCAUCGCACGCCUCAUGUCUGCCCCCUUGUGGUGUGUUCUGCACUAAGUAUAGAGUGUUCAAGCUUCAGAGUAAAAUAUAACACAAGGACAUUUGUUACUUUAUUUGUAAAAACUUAAAUAAAAGGUGUUUAAAUAUAAGCAUA